UAGGAAGCAGAGAUUCUGAAUACAGCUAUUCUCACUGGGAAAACAGUGGCUGUCCCUGUCAAAGUGAUCUCUGUGGAAGAUGAUGGGACUGUGACUGAUCUUCUGGAAUCUGUAGAGUGCAGAUCAUCAGAUGAAGAUGUCAUUAAGGUUUCUGACAGAUGUGACUAUGUCUUUGUCAAUGGGAAGGAAAUGAAAGGCAAAGUGAAUGUCAUAGUUAAUUUUACUUACCAGCAUCUGAGUGCCCCUUUAGAAAUGACAGUCUGGGUUCCUCGUCUCCCACUGCAAAUAGAGGUCUCUGACACAGAACUAAAUCAGAUCAAGGGGUGGAGAGUCCCCAUCAUCUCUAAUAAGAGACCAGCCAGGGACAGUGAUGAUGAAGAAGAGGAUGAACGUAAGGGAAGAGGCUGCACCCUUCAGUACCAACAUGCAACAGUGCGAGUCCUCACGCAGUUUGUAGCUGAAGCCUCAGACCCCAGUGGCCAGCUGAGCUAUUUGCUGGGUUCUGACUGGCAGAUUGACAUCACCGACCUGGUGAGUGACUUCAUGCAGGUGGAGGAGCCAAGAAUUGCCAAGCUACAAGAUGGACAGGUUUUGAUUGGGCAAGAGCUUGGAAUGACAACAAUUCAGAUAUUGUCCCCUCUUUCGGAUGCUAUCUUGGCUGAAAAGACAGUGACAGUUCUGGAUGAGAAGGUGACAAUAACUGACCUGGGAGUGCAGCUCGUCACUGGGUUGUCGCUUUCUCUGCAGCUUAGUCCAGGAAGCAAUAAGGCCAUCUUUGCUACAGCAGUAGCACAAGAGCUACUCCAAUCUCCAAAACAGGAAGCAGCCAUCAGCUGCUGGAUCCAGUUCAGUGAUGGAUCUGUCAUGCCCCUGGAUAUUUAUGACUCCAAAGACUUCUCCUUGUCAGCCACAUCUCUGGAUGAGAAGGUGGUCUCCAUUCACCAUGACCCCAAAUUCAAGUGGCCUGUGAUUGCUGCUGAAACAGAGGGCCAGGGGACACUGGUGAAGGUAGAGAUGGUGAUCAGUGAAUCAUGCCAGAAAUCCAAAAGAAAGAGCAUCCUAGCUGUUGGAAGUGGUAGCAUUAAGGUCAAGUUUGGGCAGAGCGAUGCCAACCCUAACACCAGUGACAGUAAACACAGAGGUGCUGGCGUACACCUAGAAAAUCAUGCCAGUGACCGGCGUCAGAAAACCACUUUGCAUGAAAGAGCUGGACUAGAUGGCCAGUAUUACAGCUCCUCAAUGGGCCAUGAGCAAGGCAAAGGGACCACUACUCAAAGGUCUAUCUUAAGUAAAAAAGAAGACAGAGAAAGUCUCCUGGAUGAUGACAGUCAUCUGCAGAACAUCCCAAUAGACUUCACGAGCUUCCCUGCACAGGUGGAUCUGCCAAGAAACAACGGAGACUUGGAAGAGAAUGACUUAGUCCAGACCCCCAGGGGACUCAGCGAUCUGGAGAUAGGAAUGUAUGCUCUUCUGGGAGUCUUUUGCUUGGCAAUUCUGGUUUUCCUUAUCAAUUGUGUCACUUUUGCUUUGAAGUACAGAAACAAACAAGUUCCCUUUGAAGAGCAAGAAGGCAUGAGCCACUCUCAUGACUGGGUUGGACUGACCAACAGGACAGAACUUCUGGAGAAUCACAUAAAUUUCUCAUCCCAGCAAGAUGAACAUAUCACAGCCAUUGACAGAGGAGUGGACUGUGAAGAGAGCAAAUAUCUCCUCAACUCAAAUGCCGCCAAAAAUAUUAAUGGACAGUCUUUCAGGUCUGCUGAGUCCACAUUCACUGAAGGUAAAGAACAGAAAAGUGAACCAACUACUUCUCCUACCUCUAAGAGGAAACGGGUUAAAUUCACCACCUUUACCACCAUCUCCUCUGAUGAUGGGUGUCCAACUGUCAACUCAAUCUUGAUGAGCAGCGAGGAUGACAUUAAAUGGGUCUGCCAGGAUAUGGACCUGGGGGAAAGCAAAGAACUUAAAAACUAUAUGGAGAGAUUACAUGAAAAUGUGUAA